GACGGGGUUUCACCGUGGUCUCGAUCUCCUGAUCUCGUGAUCCGCCCGCCUCGGCCUCCCAAAGUGCUGGGAUUACAAGCGUGAGCCACCGCGCCCGGCCGAAAAUUUAGAGUGAUUUAAAUCAGAUUUUUUUCUUUCUAACCCUCGAUGCCCACACUUGCAAUGUUGAAAAUUUGUAUUUUAUUUUUUUAAAGUGACUUUUACCAGUUAUUGAAACAGGUUGUACAGAGAGAGAGGAAGGGAAAUUUGUAUUAUAAAUAUAAUUUUAAAAUAUAAAAAAUGUACAAAAUUCUAUGAUGAAUAUUAGCAAAAAAGUGUCUUUCAUUAAAUUAUUUAUAAAGUGAUGGGACAUGAACAUGUACACAAGCUCUCAAUGCUCACAGUUGCCAAAAUGAUGUUGGCCUGCCAUUCUAUUAUUUGUUGGUUCAGUUUUCUUUUUUGGAGAUGUGGUAGUUGAUCUUUAAUGCCCAUUCUAGGUCGGAAAAAUCCAUGAUCCUAACUUUUAAGAGAAGGUUGGUAACUCUACUUAGGACUUUUUUUUUCUGUAAGAGGAAUAAUGUAGCCUCACCCUUAUCUUUCUUUAAAUGUUUAAACCACGGAAAUAUGGAGAUCAAAUCCAGCUUACACACUGGUAACUCAAAUACUAUUUUUUUUAAACUAUCUUUUCUAAAAUUAUCACCCCUCUUGUACAUAGAACUUUCUACCUCAGUGCCAAUUCCUAGAGGUUGAUGUAAACAGCUCGCCAGAGAGCCUGUGCUAUUGUUCCUGCGAAAAAACCCAAUUUCCCUGCACAUUUGGAUAAAAAUGAGUUUAUCUAUAUAAAGUUGAGACGAUAAGAAUUCACAGAACAAUACCCCAGAAGAGAGAUUUGCAAAUGAAAGAGGGAGAAAUAGUAUUUUUAAGGAAAACCUGAAAGUUGUCUCGAUUUGACCGAAGUUUGAAAGAGAGUUGGGGGAAUAAGAAAAGUUUCAAGAUGCCGGUUUUAAAACUAUGCAUAGAACAAAAGUCAGGAAUGAAGCCCGAACUCUCUCGGAUCAGUUUCCCCCAAAUCUCUAAUUAUUUCAUGCCCAGAUUUCUUAUAUUUUUACUCUUUUUUAAGGGGCAACAAACACAGCAGCGCGGUACAUACGAGGAGUCCUUUUCCAGCAGCGCCGCGCAUGGAGCAAGGAACCAAUCAUCACUCAGCGUCUCUCUAUAUAAACCCUCAGCCUCCCUCGUAGAGGACACGCUGUUCUGACGGUUUCAGAUUACUUUUGUCUUUUCUGGCAAGACGAAAACAUGUCAGAGACUGCUCCAGUUGCUCCUACCACUCCUGCACCCGCAGAAAAAACACCUGUGAAGAAAAAGGCGAAGAAGACAGGCGCAGCUGCCGGGAAACGCAAGGCAUCCGGACCCCCAGUGUCUGAGCUUAUCACCAAGGCAGUCGCAGCUUCUAAAGAGCGCAGCGGCGUUUCUCUAGCCGCGCUUAAGAAAGCGCUUGCGGCUGCUGGUUACGAUGUAGAAAAAAACAACAGUCGCAUCAAGCUUGGCCUCAAGAGCUUGGUGAGCAAAGGUACCCUGGUGCAGACCAAAGGUACCGGUGCUUCUGGCUCUUUCAAACUCAACAAGAAAGCGGCUUCCGGGGAAGGCAAGCCCAAAGCCAAAAAGGCUGGCGCAACCAAGCCUAGGAAGCCUGCUGGGGCAACUAAGAAGCCCAAGAAAGUGACUGGCGCCGCUACCCCGAAGAAAAGCAUCAAAAAGACGCCUAAGAAGGCAAAGAAGCCAGCAACCGCUGGUGGGACCAAGAAAGUGGCCAAGAGGGCGAAAAAGGUGAAAACACCCCAGCCAAAAAAAGCUGCCAAGAGUCCAGCUAAGGCCAAAGCCCCGAAGCCCAAGGCAGCCAAGCCUAAGUCGGGGAAGCCGAAGGUUACAAAGGCAAAGAAGGCAGCUCCGAAGAAAAAGUGAAACUGGCGGGACGUUCCGCUUUGCAAAUUUAAACGGCUCUUUUCAGAGCCACCCACAGGUCUCCGUCAAAAGAGCUGAAGCCUUUUUUUUGGGAGGGUGGGGUGGAGAGGGGUGGCGGUGCUGCGGGGUUGUGCGGCCACGGUCUAUCCCAGUCAUGCCGGUUGGGGGGUCAGUAGCUCACAGCUCCCAGCAUUCUGGGCGCAAGGAUCUUCCUGCCUCAGUCUCAACCAGUCACGGGAGUAGCUAAGGCUACUUGAGCCGCCAGGUCCUACUUUUUCAAGUUCCCGCGGUGGUGUGAUUGGCUGGCUGAUUUCUCUUAAAAGCGCAGCACUUAAAAGCGGCCCUGAAAAAGUUUUAUUACUGGCACAGGGAUAUGGUGUAAAUGCUUUAGUUUACUUUAGCAUUGAGGUGACGAGCACAGCCCGUCCUGGGUGUGAGCAGCACGUGGCAUGCCCAAGGUUCCUGCGGCCCACGAUCUUGUGCAGCUGGUCGUUGAGAAUGGCCCAGCUGCACAACUGCAGGUGGCGCCAGAUGUCUGUCUUUUCGCAGGCCUUUGAUAAUAAGCCUUAGCUCUGGGAUAUCGGCCCUCGGGUACUGUAUUUGGAAAUAGGCAGUGUGGGGGCUGCACUGCCUGACGAGGUGGCUCGCCUGUAAUCCCAGCAUUUUGGGAGGCCGAGGCGGGCGCAUCACGAGGUCAGGAGUUCGAGGCUAGCCUGAAGAACAUGGUGAAGCCCCAUCUCUACUAAAUAAAAUACAAAAUUAGCCGCGCGCCUGCAAUUCCAGCUACUUGGCUGAGGCAGAAGAAUCGCUUGAACCCGGGAGGCGGAAGUUGCAAGCCGAGAUCGCGCCACUGCACUCCAGCUUGGGCGAUAGAGCGAGACUCCGUCUCAAAAUAAAAAGUGUGGCCAUUGUCAUUUUCUGUCAGUGGCCAGCGUCUCCAGGACUUGUUUUCCCAGGGGAUCUCUUGCUUGUUCAUUUAUUUCUGCCUACUUUUAACCUCCUAGCACUGCCGCCAAGUAACACUAGCGUGCUGGCCCAACCCGCUGGGAGUAGCUGUCUUUGCGGAGGACGCGGUGUAUUCGCCCUACUGGCAACUGUAGGCCCGCGUGGCAAAGCAGGUCUUGUUUUUGGCGCGAGUUUGGUCUUGCUUCCCGCGUCCAAGUAACGUUAGAAAAAAAUGCAAUUCUAGUAUUAUGCCAAUCGGAGGGAUAGUUCAUAGUCUCUGGCUCAGUUUUGUAAAACUUGCUUUUUCUGUUGGUUUGCAGAGCCUGCUGAAUUAACCAAUCAGAACGUAUUCUUAGUUUUUUAUUUGCGUGGUUUUUCCGAGAGAAAAUUUUUCACCAAUCAGGUUGCGAUAUUAAAAGUUGUGUAUACUGGGA